AUGCUUCCCAACGAGCUGUUGAAUGAAAUCCUCGAAGAACUCUCGCCAAGCGAACUAAAGAACAUUGUGCUCGCCUCGCGUCACCUCUGGCUGCUGGCCCGUCCCUUUCUCUUCAGCAAGCUCUGCAUGGAGCCGUACGCGUACGAUGAGGACAUCAGCAACCACAUGGACGACCCGGACGACGAUGUGUGUCACCCGCUGGUGCUCCCCUCCGCCGACCGUAUCGCGGCCUUCGUCGCCAAACUGGGCUUCUUCCUGUCGCCUGCCAUCGCCCCACACGUCCGCGUGCUGCACAUCAUCGCCGGGGAGCAGACGUCAAACUGCGUCGAGUUUGAUGAGGACCCGGGGACCAACGUCCACGAGCUCUGCGACCUGCUGUUCUCCGCCGUCGACAGAUUUGUCAACCUGCGCAAAUUCGUCGCGCAUGGAAUUAUGUUCACCGUGCCUGCGCUUGCGCGCCUGGCCCGCUUACGUGGCCCGCUGGAGCUCAAGCUUUCUGCAUUCUCAUUCUACUCCGCCCUUGGGGAUGCGUGGGUGGACAGCGUGCGCGCACUGGACCUCCACAUCCCCGUCUCUGCUCUGCACAUCGGGGAUUUGGAGGAGGAGGCCCAUCUGUGGCUCACUCUUUACGUCUGUGACCCGGAAGUGCUUCAAAAGGUACACUGGAGGGUAAAUACCCCCAUUACCGGGCUCGACGCCUUGGUACACAUGUACAGCACCGUGCUUCCGCACGUGCACUCUCUCGAGCUCCAAGUUCCCUCGAUGACCGUUCUGAGCCGCACUGGCUGGUCUAACCUUCAGCAAACCCUUCCCGGACUUCAGGUGCUCGGUAUACGAUCCUUGGAAGAAUACUACCACAACGAAGAUGAGCCGCUGGAACUUGAAUUCCUUGCAACACAGACCGCACUUGCGUACCUGCGCGAGCUGGACACAAACUCUCUCAGUUCCGCGGACAUCCUUUGCGCAGCGCCGACCAUCGACACAUUGCGCCUCGAACGCCGGUACUUGCCGCCCGACGGCGUGCUAUCUCGGCUGAAAAAUAUGUCGGCACAUGGUACAAUCACCACACUCGCGCUCGAGUUGUGCGAUGGAGACCAUCCAACCUGGGCGGGGAUCCUGGCUCACUUCCCCCAUCUACAGACGCUUGAAUGGACCGUGUCGCUGCAAGGUGCACGCUGGCAGGAGGUACCCGUAUUCCUUUCCGAACUCCCCGCCAUACUGCCCCCUAGUCUGAAACGGCUCACGGUCUCGUAUUCGCAGCCGUGCUUGUAUGGGUCAGAGCCUGAGGAGGAGGAGAUGGCAUUUCCUGAGGACAAUCAAGCGUCGCUGCCGGAGGCGUCGGAACUCCGAACUAGGCUGCUUGAGCGGUGCCCUGGUUUGGAGAGCAUUUCCCUCCAGGCGCAAUCUUGGAGGGUCGAAUGGAGACAACUAACUGGGAUAUUCCGAUGA